UGCCGGCCGGGAAUUACUUAGUUUCUUUCAAUUGAACAAGCAACAUCCUCUCGUUACAUGAAAAUCAGCAAACUCGCAUCAAACGGCGAAACAACUAGAGACACAGAGAGAGAGAGAGAGAGAGAUAGACAGUGUGCGAGAUACAGAGAGUUUUAUUAGUAAGGAAAGCGUUUAAAGCAGCACGCAAAGUAGCAAAGAGAGACGUGUUAAAAUCCGAUUUUUUAACAAAAGCUCAAGUGACACUGCUGAAUGGGAAAAAGAAACGUAAAAAAAGUGUUUUUGUGCGACAAAGUGAGUGUCUGAAAAUUCCGGCCCUGCCAUAAGUCAACCUGCAGCACACACACACACACAACCCCAAGUUUGGAAAAGGAAAUGAGGAAACAUUGAUUUUUCCCGUUUUCUUCGCAUCCAAUUUGCAAAGUAAUAAUACGGGGCUUUUGCUAGUUCAGCGGUUGACAGGUUCUCUGCUUCAUGUUUGACGUUUGUCAGGUACAGGGACACAACACGGUACAGCGGCGAAAGCGCAAGCGAAGUGGGCUGGAAAAAUCGUUGUGACACCCCGUUUCAACCCAACCCCGUGUGAAGGCGUAAGUGUGUAUUGUGCGUGCGUGUUCGAGGCAAAAAACCGACGACGACGACGACGACACGAUCGAUCCAAGUGAUAAUCAAGUGCUGUGAAAUUACAAAUAAUACAUUUUAAUCAAGGAAGAAAAGUUAAGGUCCCAGAAAGUACAAGACACACACACACACGCUGCUAACUACAAGCAGAAGAGAGCAAAAGCUGAAAAGUUCAAAUAGCAUUACUAAGGCGAUAAAAAGGAGCAACAAAACACGAUUUUCGUGUUUUUUUUGUGUGUUCGUACGCGUGUGUGUUGUUCCAUUUCAACCGUGAGUUUUGUGUGUGAAACAACCGAACCCCACCCCUCCCACCCACCAGGCAAGGGUAAAUCGGGGGAAUUUUCGCUGUUUUUAUUUAUGAGUGCGAAUUUGGCUGCUAUCGACGAACUGGUUGAAGAGUUUCUGAAAAUGGAACUCAUCUCCGUGCCGCCGUAUCCGGGCCAGCUGGGCUACCUCGGAUCGACCAAAGUGAACGAUUUCCGGACACCGUUGAUGCCAAUCCCGGCCAACAAUAGUAACAAAAAUUCUAAUCAAAGCCAACGCCAUCAGAGCCAGCCGCAGCAGCGGGAGCAGCAGCAGCAGCAGCAGGCCGCCAGCCAGCAGCAGCAGCUACCAUCCAGCCAGCCGCUGCGCAGUCACCAUCACAACAACAGCAGUAGCCAUCACCACCAUCACCAUCACCAUCACCACCAGCAGCUGCUGCAGCGGGAGCGGGAGGCGAAGCAGCAGCAGCGAGAGCUGGAACAGCAGCAGCAGCAGCAACAGUUGCUGCAGCAGCAGCAGCAGCGUCAGCAGCAACUGCAGCAGCAGCAGCAGCAGCAGCAGCAGUACUACAGCGAGAACCAGUACCCGCUGGAGCCGGCGACGAUAGCGCUGACCGCCUCGCCGCACGAGGAUGCCCUCCAGAAGCUGACCCAGCGGCUCGAGAGCGAGCUGCGCAUCGCCAAGCGGCAGCACCUGGCCUGCACCGAGGUGCUGCUGCCGGCCGACCUGCUGCCCCGGAUAUCGGCCGAGAUGUUCGAGCAGUCGGAGAAGGAACCGUGCGGCAUCCGCGGCUGCACGAUCUACAUCGAGUUCGAGGACGAGCCAGACAACACACGGCGGAUUGCGACGAUGAAGACCGAUCCGAACACCGUGUCGACGUUCGAGCUGUACCUUACGCUCAAACAGGACCGAAGGGGAUGGACCUCGAUUUUGCCACAAUUUUUGAAAAAUUUGGCACGUGGCAGUACAAUCAUGAUCAGCCCGGAGUUCCGGCUGACCAAGAACAAGCUCUACCAUGCGUACGCCGACUAAAGGGGCCCCCGAGGGGCAAACUUAUCAUUGCCCCCCCCCCUCCGCCUCCCCCUCUUUUCCCCUUUACUUCUCCCACCCCACUUAUUGCCUUCGAAUCCCGUUUUUGUGUGUUGCAAGCGCAAAUUGGGACAGGGCCAAUACAACUGAACAAACCUACAACAACAAUGUGUGUUUCUCAUCACCACCCACCCCACCGUGUGUGUGUGUGUGUGUGCCCAACACAGCAUCAACAUCACACGAGCACACCCCACCCCCCGUUUGGCGGACCGGUAGGCAGUAGCAGCGGCUGACCAUUUUGUAUUCCAAGAGGAGGAAGUAAACUACACGAUCCACCCACCGGUACCCACCCCGCACCACCACCAAGAGCGCGCGCGCGCCGCCAGCAAUUAUCGAAGAAGAAAAAACAAGUGAAAUAAUGUGCAUUUGUGUGUAAUGUAAAUGUGUGCAAAAUUGUGCAACGAAGAAGAAGCAAGCAAAGGAAAGCGGAAAAAAGCAAAGAAUAAGUAUGCGUAGUGCAAUCUGUGAUUUUUCUCUGCGCACAGCAGCAUAAGCGUCGUAAGCGUGUGUGUGUGUGUGUGUUUGUGUGGAACGAUUUGCUUGAUUUGAAAUCAUCUCCUCCACCCGACAGCAUCGCAAGCAGCGCGCACACACAACACCCCCCCCUUCGAACUGUGAUUAUGUGAUUAUGAUAUGCGCUCGAAUCGAAUUGUUUUGUUUGUGAAUGAAGAAGAAGAAGAGGAAGAAGAAGAAUACGAAGCAGAAGAAAGCCAAAAUGCCAUCGAACCGGAAGCUGGGGAAAGGAAGUUCUCCUGGGAGAGCGCGAAGCAACGUGUGGUGUUGCAAUGUGGACUGUUUUUGGCGGGCCCAUCGCGUUUGGCUCCCCGUGGUCGUGGGUGGUGGUAGUGGUGGUGGUGGUAGUGGAACGUCUGCAACGUCUUCAAAUCAAUUGGUGGAGAGAAGAAGAGCACGGGCAGCCGCUAUCUCUCUCUCUGCAUCGUUAAUCAUCAUCGUAGUCGUCACCAUCAUCGCCUCCCCUCCCCACGUCGUCGCAAAAGGUCGGCGUGGGCAACCCUCGUCGGCUCGAAGGAUACUCCCCCGGCAGCAGCAGCUGAGCAAAAAUGGGGGAGGAGGUUGGGGGCGGUGAUCUGCGUUCUUCAAAUCAUCCUGUGAUCGUCCCUCCGUUUGUUUUCUCCGUUUGGACAAACCCCCGGCUCAUUGUCGUCAUACGCAGCAUACGGAGCUGCGAGCAGCAGGAGCCAGGCAGGUGUGUUUGAUGUGGUGGCGCGGUGGACCUCGGUGGACCCACCCUCCCAGCCAGACACCCGGACAUGUGGCCCGGUGAGUGAGUGUGCGGAACUUGUUUUUUUUUUUUACAAUUACAAUUAGGCAGAGCAAAACAAAGCCGGUAGAGGAUGCAGAGCAAAUCGCAGAAUCGAAUUUUCAAGCGUAUUUUUCUUCCUUCUAACCUGCGCUCGCCUACCUCGCGUGCCGAGUCCAAUCUUUCGUACCAGAGAGAUACUAGUGAGGAGGUCACGUCGUGGGAAAGAGAAAAAGCAGCGAGUAAUAAGAAAAAGGGAAGAAAAACACGAUUGAAAAAACAAUACAAACAAAUUACACUCUAGAAUACGUUUAUAUAGGAAAGCCCCUAUCUCUCAACCCUUUCCCACACACACACACGUACACACACAUACGUGUGCGCGUACUACUAUUGCAAGAUGCAAACGAUUGAUAUGCAUCGCCGCAAACAAAAACUAAAAAACGAAACGAAAAUCGAUUUUCGAACGAACGCAUCAACUACUUUUUAAGUAUUUUAUAAAUAUUUAAAAUGAAGGCAAACCAACAACAACAUCAAACGUGUGUGUGUGUGUUUGUGUGAAUGUGGAAAAAGGGUGGGGAAGGGUGGAAAAGGCUCGGUUUAAAAACCAGUAAUGGAAGAAAAGAGAAGAAGCAACAAAAAAACCCCCCAAGUGAUGUUUAGUGUGUGUAAGAGCAAAAGCUAAGCAAAAGCAUAAAAAACGUAAGCAAACGCAAGAAAAGCUGAAAUGCUAUAAGUAUAUGAACAAAGCAACGGUGUAAAGGUAAAAGGAAAAAAAGGGAUUUAAGUUCAAAAACAGCAGCGCAGAGAAGAGGGGAUGAAAAGAGCAAACACAGCACAGAACUCACACUCAACACGAGCAAAAACAACACCACCACAAUAACAGAAACGUAAAUGAUUUGCAAUACUAAAGCUUAAUUAACAUUGAUAAUAGUAGCAACCGGGUGAGCGAAAAACUCUAAAUUCGAAGCAGGAAGAGCAUUGAACACACUCGCGCGUACACAGCACUGUUGGUCCGGCACACAGCCCCACACUUUGGAAGGGAGUGGGACAAAUACACCCACCACAAUAAUCUACCGGACGAUCGACGAUCGACUAGCACCGUUUGCAGGGAGGAGAAAAUGGUUUGGCUUUCUGCCUUACCUUUUUCGCUGGUUUUGGUUUAAAAUUUUCCCUUUUUUAACCUAUGGCACGGUUUAGUUUUUUGUUGUAAUUUUUUCCUUCUUUUCAAUAAGAUUUUUAAGCGAUGUCCAUUGCUUCUUCUUUGUGUGGUCACGUUUGCUGCCACUUCUUUUAUUUCGUUUUUUGCUGUUUUUAUCAGUAAGUUUUGCAUUUGUUUUUUUUUUUAUUUGUGGAAUAGAAAUUGCGCUUAACCAUAUCGAAAUGAUGGUUAAAAUGCGUUCUUCUUUCCCGUCGUCUCUUUCUACUACUUUGUUUGCGUGUACUGUAACACAAUUUGAACUGUGUUCGCCAGUUGGUUCUUUUUCCCCCGGACGAAUCGUAACAAUUUCGAUGAAGUAUUUAAGCGCAACAAGUCAAAUAUUAAAUUGAAUUACUUGUAAUUCAUUAUCUAGUAACGUUCUCUACUUUUUAAUCUAUUUUUUUUUGCUGUAUUUUUCGUUGUUGGUCGUGAACUCAUUUGCGUUCCCUUCCAAAUAUUUAUUUGUGUUUAUGGUGGAUUUUGAAACGGAGUCCAAAGGCGUGCGUGUGUGCGUGUGUAUGUGUGUUUCAAUGCUAUUGUUUCUGGUUGGGUGCAAAAACAAACAAACAAAAAACCGCCUUCCUUUUAACUGUGCGCGAAAACCCCGCAGCUCUUCUCCGAUUCUUGUGAACCGAUCCGAUUGUGAUGAUUUCCUAGUGAUUUUCCAAUUUUCCUCUUUACCUAGUACGUGUGUGCGUGUGUGCGCGAAAAAGCGGCUCUCCCCCGAAUACACAAUGUGUAGCAAUAGAGGGGGUGGGGUAGCACUCCAUGAUUUCGCCUUUCGAUUUUGCGAUAGGAGAAACAGAACUGUGGUGUGGCAGGCGCCAAAAAAAAAGAACAAAAACACACACACUAGGAGUUUUAGGGCAGCGCGUGAGAGGAGAAAAGCAAGUUUGUUAAUUUUUUUUUAAAUAUAUAUUGUAGGCAUGUACAAAAAAAAAAAACAAAACAAAACAAAAUCAAAUGCAUAAGUUUGUUCUUUGUUUUUGUGUCUAAAUUUUUGCAACAUAAUUAUUCUCGCCCCGUUUUUUUUUGACAUUUUUCGCAUUAGCGUGUGGACAUUCAGUUCUCACAUACAAAUACAAUUACACACACACACACACUCACACGAGCAACACAUAUGGGUAGAAAGAAGGGAGAGCAAGUGGGGAAAAAAAAGCGAGAGGAACCAGGGGUGCAGAAGUGUGUUGGGUGCAUGGUUUUAGGAUUUUCAAAUUUUUUUACAAACACAAACAAAUUAAGCGAACGAAUUAAUGCUCGUAAGAGCGCGGCCGGCGAGAGAGUGGAGGAGAAGCAUUGAUGAAUUGGUGGGGAGAGAGAGAGAGAGAGGUUCGUUUAUAAUAUGAUAGCAAACUUACAGUUUUGCGUUUAUCUCUUGUGAUUGAUGGAAUACAAAAGUGGAAGGAGAGGAGAGAGGGUGGAGGAUGUAAGCGGGAGAGAGAGAGGAAAAGAGAAGUGUGAUUGCGCAUUUUCAUUCAUUCAUGAUACAAAUUAAGGAAACGCGGGGAGAACAAGAAAAGCGUAGCAUUAACGUACUACUAUCGAAUACACAAAAAUUACAAAUGAAAGUGAAAAUAGAAGAAGAAGGAGAGAGAGAGAGGAAGCAAAAUAAUCGUAGCGUAACGAGAAGGGAAGAGGAAGCACGAGAAAAGAGAACAAAAAAAGAGAGAGGAAGGCGAAUACGCACGGUGGUACAACACACGUUGCGCGCGCGAUACAAACUAAUUUUAAGGGCCAAAAUGAGAUAUGGAAGAUUGGAUGAUGAGUAAGUGUGUUUGUGAAGCUCAUGUUUGUUUUUUUUUUUAAUCUUUUUCGACUCUUAUCUGUCUUUCGAACCCCCUCCCAACACCUGCUUUGGUGUUAUAUCUGCUUGUUUUGGCAAAAUAUUAUUCAUAUUUUAAACAUCCUCAAAUUUUGCACCAAUUUUUAACCCCCUCCGCAGUCAGCAUCUCAUGCUCCAUGUAUUAGUAUUUUGUGUUGUGUUUGUUUUGUUUUUUGAAGACAAAAAAAUGCAUUUUCAAGCAUGAAAGUGUGUCUCUGUUGGUACAAAAAAAAAAAAACACUGUCGUUUCAUCCAGGAAUGAAAUGCAUAAAAACAAAACAAACGCAAUUGCCUAGUUUUCGAACGAUUCGGAAUACAAUUCGGACCUUGUAUAGUUCCUACCUGCCUCCCCACACCACCACCACCGCCGCCGCUCCCCGAGGUUUGUUUCCCCGAGAUCGAGAUCGAGCAAAACGGGUGGGACAGCAGAACAAAAUGGUUUUGGUGGUAAGGAAAGGAAAAACAUAAACGACACAAAAUCAAAACUUUCGAUGAAGGAACGAAGGGGAAAAGCAAAAGAGGAAAAUGAGAGAACUGCAUGUUAAAAAUUGGAAGUGUAAAAAAAAGGGUUGGGAAAAAGAGAAAAGCAAAGAAAAGAAAAGAAAAAAAAGCAUUAAAAUUAACGAAAAGCGAAGCAGAAUGGAAUGGAACAAAAUUAAUGAUAAACAGAUUUAAAACAAGAAAAAAAAAUUAAGUGCAUGGUACACAAAAACUAACAUGAUAAGCAACACACAAACACAUACAAGCAGAGAGAGAGAGGGAGAGCGAAGGAGGAGUAGGAGAUGAUGGUGGAAAUGCAAAUAGGUGGAUAAGCCAGUGGAAGUCAGGAAAAGCCGAUAAUAAAGCAUUUGUGAGUAAAGGGAUGGAAAGGAGAGCAAGCAGUGUAGGAUGAAGACACAGAAACACAUUACACAUUACGCCCAUACACACAUAGUAACACAACUCAACACGAGCACACAUUGAAAACAGUCAAAAACACACAAACACACACACACACACACACACACACACACACACAGACAAACUAUACACGCAACGUGUACCGAUUCCUUAACUGACGAGGUAGCUCUUUUCCUCCUGUUCGUUUGUUUUUGAAACAAGAAAACAAAUCAUUGAUCUUAAGCUUAAGCAUUGAAAGGAAGAUAUUUUUUGAAAAUGUUUUUCCUUCCUUCUCUUUUGUCUAAAACAAAAGCAAAACAACACACACACUCACACAGUGGUGUUCCCGGUUUUGUCUCUUUGUAUAAAUUAUUCGAGCGCCGUGCGUUAAAUACAAAAAACAGUAAAGGAAAAAAAAACAACUAAUAGCAGCGCCGCAGCAAACGAAAACAAAAGUUUAUAAUUUAAAGAGACAAACAAACACACAGACACACAAGCAAGUUAAGAUAAGAGCGGAGAUAACAUGUGAAUACAACACAGAGGGAAAAAGGAAAAUGGAGUAAGCGCGAAUAAGGAAGCGCGAGGAUAAUUUGUGAGCGCGCGCGCGUACCGGUGCGCACCGGGCGAGCCGAGUGGAAAAGAAUUGCAGGAGAAAAAACGGGAAAACGGGACGUAUUUCCCUCCCCCCCCCCCCAUCUCCCAAGCACCCCGCUCACCCCAUUGCAGUGUCGUGUGCGUGAAGAAAAAGGGAGCAUAAAAUGUGAAAAAGGAGAAAAGAAGGAAAGGAUAAAAAACCGUUUCAUUUGUGAUAUUUGAAUUUACGAAUUAAGGAUACAAAAUAUCUUUCUCCUUUUUUUAUUAUUAUUAUUACCUUGUGUACUACCUACUACUACACCUAACUCUACCUUUACCGCUACUCUAUUAUUAUUAUUAUAAUUUGUUUUUAACUUAUGUGUAGUGAAACCCCCCCUAUUUUCCCGUUUUCUUCUGCAAGUUCUUUUCUGUGUUUUUUUUUAUUAUUUGUGAUCUCACUGUCUUUUGUUUUUAAGACAUCCAAUUUAGUCUGUAGAAGUUGUUUUUUUGAAGAAAAAAUAAAAUACCACAUGGAAAAAAAUGUGCAAAAUAACAAACAUACUUUACUUUUGUUUUCUUUUUUUUCGUUUCUUUUAUUAUUUUUUUUGUUUAUAUAUUUCUCUACCCUCGUCCGUGCACCGAAAUAUGUUUCUGUUCUGUUGUUCUUCUCCUGGUUUGUUGAUUUGUUUUUCUUUUCACCUUUUGUUUUCGCUUUGCGUUCUUCGGUUUGUUGUUUCUGGGUUGUGUGUUUCUUCGGUGGUGUUUAGAAACUUGGUUGUUAUUUCUUUCUUUCUUUCUGCUCUCUAUUUAUUCGGUUCGGUUUUCCUGCGUUUCGGGACGUUGCGUUUUCUGUUUUGCGGUUUAUACAACUUCAAUCAUCACACUCAGCACCGAAAGAACGCAAUGCAAACGAAUAUCAAAAACAAACUACAAAAGUAAGACAAAUAAAAACGCUGUGGAAGAAGAAGAAAAUAUCAAUUAGCCCAAAGUGCGCGUGCACCUUCUCACAAGCCUCAUUUACUGUUCAGCCACACCUGCACCCGCGGAUAAAUAGUGAAACUGAAAAGCCAAUUCCGUAAACCAAGCUCAAUAUUUUGCAUUUUGUCCGUCGGCCCAGGCUCGGGAGCCGCAACAGCUCGCGUAAGUGUAAUAAACGGCCAGUAAAUGUCAGUAAAUGGAUGAAAUUAGCAGUCGAUUGUUUAAUGCAUUGGCAGGUCUAAAACAAAUCUACACAAGCACACACAAUUUACCCCAAACACGAUGGAAAUAAAGAGAACUACACUGAAAAGUACACACGGCAACACAACACACACACACACCAUUAUUCAGAUUGCAUUUGCUUCGGAGUCUUCUGAGGAGGCGCACCGAAUGAAACCGCGAAGAGGAAAACUCACAAUUGUUUGUUAUUGAUUGAGAAUUGAGAAGAUAAUAAAGCAAAACAAAAAAAAACAAAACAAACAAACAAACCACAAAACCACGUGACGAAUCAAUCGAUCGAAAAUCCAACCGAAAAUGGAACAUUAAAGAAGAGAAAAGAUAAUUAUCCAAAAAAUAAUGAAACAAAAAGAAAACUUACCAAAAAAAAAACAAACAAACAAACAAAGUAUAUGUAUGUGUCUGUAGUAGUUAUUAACAAAUUAAUCAAUAACACAAAACAAACGAAAUCGUGACAAAAAGCAAAAUAAAAUUAUGAAACAACACAAAACCAAACAAACAAACAUAUUUUACAAAAGCUAUAAAAAAAAAACACUUUUCCCCAAUUCUAACCGUUUUGUCCACCGAAUGUGGGGCCGCUCAUCGAUAACUCAAGAUGAUACGAUGAGCUCUACUGGUCUACUGGACCAAAGAACCGGUAAAGAGAAGCAGACAGACGAACUGAGAGCUGUGUGUGUGAGUGUUUGAAUAGGAGAAGAGCGAUGGUUCGUUUUGUCGUUUUCUUCACAUUGUCCGAGCCUUAUUAACUGUGCGGUGUUCUAUCGAUGUUUGGAAGUGAAGGGUUAGACGAAAGCAAGAGGAGGGAGUGAGAGUCAUGGAGAGUGAAAGCGGGUGGUAGAUCAUUCUCUUUCAGGCAGUGGAAAAAUUGCAUCCCUCCCAUUUGCGGGGAGCGCUGAGCUGAAAGCGACAAAGAUGGAAGAUUUAAACGAAAUCCCACCAAAAACCAUUUAACCAAACCCUUAUCCACCAUACAGGCUGGUGAGGGUGAGUAGUGUCGGUGUCUGUAAAUGCUGCUCUCUCUCCUCCGUCUCCCCGUUUCGCUUUUUUGUCUACUCCCCCCUGUUCACCUGGGACACUAGACAAACUGUGAACCAUCUUUGCUUUCCUGGGGACCUGGCCCGGUACUUCGGUGCCUCCAGGCCAGGCGAGAGAAAUUCGGUUUGUGUGCUCAUACUGAAGUCUGAAACAAAAAAAAAAAGAUUGAGAAGCCAUUAAAAAUCAACCCACAAGGCGGGCGACACGCACGGCUCUAGCACGGUGGACAGCAAAAAGAGCAGAAGGUAUGAACUUGAUAAAACAAGCGGUUAGAAGCGAGGAAGAGACAAAGAAAAAAAAAAGAAGAAGGGAAGCAGAAAACAAAAUAAAAGUACUGUGUGUGUGUUUUUUCUAUAUUUAUAUAAUAUACAUAAAAAUAUAUAUAUAUACACAUAUGUCGAGCGGUAAAGGAGGUAUGAAAUAUUAAUCGAGAAAACAAAACCAAAAAAAAAAUACAACAAAAAAAGAAAAGCGAAACAAAAACCGUCACCAACAAAAGAAGUAAGAAGGACGAAAAAGAAAAUGUGAACAAAAAAAAAACACAAACAAACAAACAAACAAUACACAACAAACUAGGAUUUUCAAAUUUGAUAAACUAUUGAUAAUAAAUGACAAACUCGACAAAUUUUUACACACACACGCAGACGCAAAUUAACAAAAACAAGCAAGGAAACGAAAUACGAAACCCAAUACACAACAGCAUACACAAGGAGGAUGUGUUGGUGGAAAUGCAUCCAACCCAACAAGGAAACCCUAAACAAAGCAAAUCAGAGUACAGUCGCGCGUGUUUGCUUUCCACACCACGAACUUUAUCAUGCUGUUUGUAUUUUUGUUUUUAACGAAUGCCAAUUUGUCAUUUGUUUCUUGCUCGAUGAUGUCUAUUCAUUCAAUGCAGUCCUUUUAGCUCUGUUCUCUCGUAUGGGAAGAAUAUAUAUUUAAUAUCCUUUGAUAAUUUUUAUUCGUUUUCAAAUGAUAAAAUUUCUCUACAAUUAAGUUACCUUUCAUCUAAACCAGCUCUCAUGCUGUUUUUUUUUUAAUUAUAUUCCUUGUGAGUUGGUCAGAGAUGUCACACUUCUCCUCAUUGGAACCCACUUGUUGCUUUGAACAAAUGAGCAAACUAACCACUCCUUAAUUUUUUCACACAAAACACUAGUAAACACUAUACUAAAAAAAGAAAACGAUAAUACAAUCCAUAUCCCGAGAGUAAAACCAGCAGCAAACAAAACAAGAAACAAACAAACAAACAAACAAAAGUAGUAGAAUGAAUACAAUUAUUAACCUAAACAAAACAAAACAAAAACACUACAAAAAACACAAAACGGCUUCAGUCGGUUAACGUCGGCGUGAAGCAGAAGAGAGCAGCGAAACACAGUGCAAGUUUAAUGGAUAUAGUAGUCGAACCUUAGGGGAUAGAAAACGUGCGUUUGGACGGUUUGACAAGUGAAUGUUUAGAAUGCGGGCAGGCGAAGAAGGAAAGGCAGAAAGGGUGGAAAGGAAUAAACAAAACAAAAACACAUACAUACACACGCGUGCACAAAAUAAUCGAUAUGUAAUUGUAGUAGAUUUUUUCUCUCCCCCCGAUUUCCGCAGUAAACCCGCAAAACCGUUCAACAGCCGAAAUGCAAAAGCAGCAGCAACAAACAAAACCCUAAAUCAGACAGCAAACAGAACCAUAGUUGUAUUGGUAAUAACAAUAAUCUUAUAAAAUGCAACCAAAACACAUAGCAAGCAAGAAAAGAUAAAAGGGAUUAAGAGAGAGAGAGAGAGAGAGAAAAGAGGAAAAAACAACAGCAAAACGAAAUACAAAACUCUAACCAAAUCAUUUAGUAGUGGGACGUAUGUGUCUUUCGUACAUUUUUUAAACACUAAUAUGUAUAAAAAAAACAUUUGUUGGCUCUUAUCCAUUAAUGCUCGGACGUGUUGCUUCUUUGCAAACAAUCAGAUAAGCACCAGUAACAGCAGCAAAUAGACAUACGUACACACACACACAUAUUGGAAUAGAGAGAAAACCCGAAAACAUACUACAAGAGCAUAACGGCAAAAGCUGUAAACAAUAGUAAAUGGUUUAAGUAUGGAACAAAAAAAAAACAAUACAAACAAAACGAACCAAAACAAACACAAAAACAGACACACAACAAACACAGAGAACGAACAAAACAAAAACAAAAAAUCAACUUAUUAACUUAUAUGUGUACAUGUGUAUAAUCAGCAGCAAGGAUUCAGUGGGAACAUCUUGGGUCGGUUUUUUCUAUUGCGUUUGCCGCAUAUAUCUGAGAGUAGCGGACAAGAAAGACCGCCGCGUACAGGAACAACGACGUGAAUGAACUGGAGUAACGCUUGUGUUUCCCAUAUCCAAAAAAAAAAAAAAACGAAUGAAAAGGGAAUAGCUAGUGAGGCGAGCCAGCAUAAGUGUGUAAAAGUGUGUUUCUUAACCUGCAAACGGGAACAAUAAUCAUUUAGUUUGGCGUUAAACGUCAAAGGCGUUUGUUUUUUACGAAAGAGAGAGAGAGAGAGCGCUUAAGCGGUUAAGGUUGAAGCGGGAUGGUCGAUGGAGGCGCCUGGUACUUUUUGCAAAGAAAGCGAGCGCCACAGCUUACGUUACUGUUAUGACGAGUCGUACGACCGUGUGCGUGUGCGUGUGUGUGUGUUUGGUUGAGCGAGAUAAAAAAGGGACUAAUAGCUGAGUUGUGUUUGCUUCCAACGGGCAGGGCAACGCGGGCACGAACACUCAAACCAAUCGAUGUACAAACAAUGUAUUGAUUAAUCGUUUACCCUACUGUGUAAUACCUACUAUAUAGAUAGUGUUAGCGUGUAAGUAUUGAUUACUGUGCUGUAUUAGUCGUAGUUCCACCCAGCUAACGAUGAGUUUCUGCUUUUCUUGCUCCAUUUUUCAGUUGUUUUUGUUUUUUUUUUUUUGCUGUUGUUUACUGCUCUUAUUUACCUGUUUAUGUUUUUGAUUGAGUUGUUUUGUUCACAUGUUUAGGUUUAUGUUUCUUUUUUUUUGUAUUUAUUUGAUAUUAUUUAUUUCAUGUUUCUUCUUUCCAAUUUAAACUCUCUCUUUGCAACUUUCCUUCUUUUACUAGUUUUAAUUCAUCGUUAGAACAUGGAUGAAAACUCUUAACGUGAUAUUUGUGAUCGUAGAUCCCGAUGCUCCUUACUGCGCAGAACCAACGCGCACGCACACACUCAAACACACACGCUCGAAACAAAGCAAAUCAAAUCAACCGAGUACUGCAAGCACUCUAGAGUCUAUCCUACAAGUACAAACAUAAAGCAGAUAAUAAGACCGUUGUAAAACACCAGGCGCUCCCAUCGGCAGCGAAGGCAACCGCAAGCGGUGGAGCGGGAAAGGAGCGGUAAGGUGUGUAGUGUAGGGGGUAUUUUUAAUCAUCAGUAUUUGAUAAGUUUGGUCACUUCGUUGUGAUACGUUAUUUGCCGUAGUUAGACGAGCCGCCCGUACUGAUAAUGGUUGAUGAUUUCUCCAAAAGGCUCUAGUAUUUUUCCAAUUUAACGUCCAUGCUCUGUCAACCAGCAGCAGUAAAGUGGGUGGUACAUCUGGAGCGGAGCAGGUUUUCCGGUAUAGCGUGUGACUGUUUUUUUUCGAUUUCGAACAAUGUGAUUUUAUGUUACGGUUGUUCGCCUUUCCUCGUACGAGCAUUUGGACAGCGACAGCACAAACAGAUUUUUAUUUUUUUUCAACACAAAACGUGAAACUACUUUAGUUGAUACCGUAUCAGGCAAUUCGAAAGCGAAACAAGCAAGGAAAACAAAAAACAAAAGACGAAUACAACAAAAAAACAACGCUGUCUGUGUAACUCUGUGUGUGUGUUUGUGUAUGUGAGUCGAAUAGCGAUUAGAAAGGGGCGAAGAACGAAGUGAAGAAAAUAAAGCGAUGAACAGGCGUGGGGAAAGGUAAAACACAACAAAUUAUAAGUGAUAGUAUCUAAAAGUGAUAAUAAGUAAGGCACACGUGUCCGUACGAGAACAAAAAGAAAACCAAAAUAAGAAAACAAAAAAACCAAGUUAAGAACAAACACAACAAACAACAAAGUGUGGGCAAAGAGUGAGUCAAAACACUGAUCGCAAAGGACGGAACAAAGUAAAGAAGCACCAAAUAAAACAAAACAAAUAAAAAACAAUGUUGGAAUGAAAAGUUGCAAAAUCAUGUGCAAAGGUGUGGCAAACCAAAAUUCCAGAUCCAGUGGUAGGCGCAUUUAACAAAUUAUUCAUGAUCUUAUAAUAACAACAAGAGCAGAAAACAAAAAAAGAACAAAAUAAAAAAUAACAAAACAACUCGAUACUAUGUGGUGGACAAUUUAGCGAACAAAAUAAAUCUUACAAUUUGAAAAAAAAA